AUGGUAGACCAGUUUACUAAGUGGGUCGAGUGCAAGCCGCUCCCCUCCCAUACUGCAGAAGUCACAGCGGCUGCAGCUGUGAACAAGUUCUUUGCCCGGUUUGGCUGCCCAUUUCAGGUGUUCACUGACCAGGGCCGGAACUUUGAGAGCAAGUUGUUUGUGGCCAUCUGUGAACUGUUACAGACCCAUAAGGCGCGGACCACCCCCUAUCGCCCCUCGGCUAACGGACAAGUUGAGAGGCAGGGAAAUCAACAUGCCAGCAGACCUGAUGUUCCGGACCCCACGGAGAGACCCCCAGUGGAUAUGGAAGCUUAUGUGAUGGACUUAGAGCGGGCAACCCAGACAGCCCAUCAGAUGGCACGUUCCCGCCUACGGACCUCCGAGGAGCGCAUGAAGAGGGACUAUGACCUCAAGGAGUUCACGUUCCUACGUCCAUGCCCUAGACACUGCCACGGUGAAGGGCAGGUGUAG